AUGGAUAUGAAUGACACUCCACUUCUCUCAGAAAAAGGUAGCCAGGGAAUUAUAGAUGUUGAAGAAAAGGGAUACCUUGACAAGAAAAUUUUCAUCAUGGAUACUCCACAAGACCAAAACAUGUUUGGAGCAUUUCAGAUUUUAAUUAAUACUGCAAUUGGAUCGGGAACCCUCAUGAUUCCAUAUUGCUAUCGCUUAGGUAUCUUCAGUGCACUCUUAAUGUCAAUUGUUAUCGGUAUCAUCUCUCUCAGUACUUUCUGCAUGAUGAUUGAAGCUGCAUAUUUUACCAAAAAGUACGAUUAUAGAGGUUUAUUCAAUCACCUUUUCAAUCCCAAGUACAUCUGGAUCAUUGAUUUGAUCAUAUUCCUUGUACAAAUCGGAUCAUGCAUGAUUUAUUCCAACUGGGAUGGUGUCUUGUUGAAUAGAACCUUUGGAUUUAAGGUCAAAGUACUUAACUCUAAUAUAUUCUGGAACUUUUUCUCUACAAUGUUAAUGGCUUUCCCUAUGACCAUCCCAAGAUCUGUUGCAAAGCUUGAAGGCAUUGCAACAAUUGGCUUCUUUAUGAUUAUUGUACUUAUUUGUCAUAGUGUUUACUGGUUUAUCAAAGACGUUCAUAACUUUGGCUUUGAUCCAAACCAUCAGCUUACAUUUCUCCACUGGGAUUUGUAUGUUUUCAUCCCAGCUCUCGGUAUCAACGCUAUGUCAUACAACUGCAUCAUCAAUUUAUUCCCUACAUUAGAACAUUUAAGGAACUGCACAGUACGUCGUGGCAUGCACCUUGCAGCAUGGAUUGUUGUUGCAUGCUUCUUCCUUUACGCUGGUUUCGGCAUCUUUACUUACUUAGAUAAGUUUGAUGCUUUAACUGCUAAUUCAGCUCUUGAAUUAUAUCCAGCACAUAAUCCAUUCACCAUCAUUGCUACAAUUUCCGUCGUAUUUAUUCUCCUUGUUGCUUCUCCUCUUGUUAUUUGGGCCGCAAGAACUUCCGUUGACGCCACAUUCUUCAAAGACAAAGAAAUGACAACAUUCCGUUGGGUUUCCAUCGGUUUCAUCCUUUGUCUCGCUUCAGCUGGUUUUGCAGCAACUUCAGACAAUAUUUUGAUUUUCUUCAACAUCGUUGGAGGACUUCUCAUUCCAGUUGUUACUCUACUAAUGCCAUCCCUGUUCUUCCUGAAGGCAACUCCUGGAAGAAAAUGGUACAGAACUGUUCAAGCAAUUAUUUCAAUUCUUUUCACUGCUGUCGCAGCAACUGCUUGCACAUGGCAGACUGUUCUUGAGAUCAAGAAGAAAUAA